ACUUUAGAAAGAAAUUGACAAAAUAAAAUUAAGUUCAAUAUGAUACCAUAAGUGCAAGAAUCCGAUUAUCUUUACAGUACUCCAAAGUCAUUCUCAACCAGAGCAAUUCAUACAGGAUAACAUGCUGAACAAAUUCAUGGCAGUGUUAAUGUUCCCAUUCACUUGAGCACCACAUAUAAACAAAAGGCUCCCGGUUAACCCUAUUCUUCUUUCGAUUACACAAGAUGUGGUAAUCCAACCAGAGCUGCAUUGGAAGAGUGCAUAGCAGAUCUUGAACAUAGCAAUCAUUGCAUCACAUUCUCAUCUGGAUGUGCAGCAAUGUCUUGCAUCAUCAAUAUCUGUAAACAUGGUGAAUAAAUCAUCUGUUGUGAUGAUGUCUACGGUGGUACUCAAAGAUACAUGAGAAACUUCACUGUAAAGAAUCAUGGAAUCGAAGUCUUGUUUGUGGAUAUCACAGAUCCUGAAAAUGUGGCUAAGGCAGUCACUGAAAAGACCAAAUUGAUCUGGAUCGAAACUCCUACUAAUCCAACCCUCAAAAUAGUAGACAUCGCUGCAGUUUGCAAAAUAGCCAAAGAAAAGAACAUAUUAUCUGUGGUUGAUAACACAUUUGCUACUCCAUAUCUCUAGACUCCAAGAGACUUGGGAGCUGACAUCACUGUAUUAUUUUCAAUCUUAUAAACAGGUUAACUCUGGAACCAAAUAUAUGGGUGGACACUCUGACGUCGUCUUUGGAUCUUUGACUUGUAAUGACAAGGAGUUGUAUGACAGAUUGUUCUUCUCAGCCAAAUCAUAAGGAGGAUGUCCAAGUGUUUUUGAUUGCUAUCUCAUUAUGAGAAGUUUGAAGACCCUAGAGUUGAGAGUCAGGUAGGCUACAAAGAAUGCUUAUAUCUUCGCUAAGUACUUGGAAAGCAAUCCCUUGGUCGAGAAAGUUAUUUAUCCUGGAUUACCCUCUCAUCCAUAACAUGAAUUGGUCAAAAGACAAUAAAGAGGAGGAGGAGCCAUGAUCAGCUUUUAUGUUAAGGGAGGCUUUGAAGAAACUAGUAAAUUAUUGAAGGCCUUAAAAAUAUUUACACUCGCUGAAUCCUUAGGAGGAGUUGAAAGUAUAUUAAUAUCUUUAACAUUUAUCUAGGUUUAAUUGAAGUACCAUCAGUCAUGACUCACGGAUCAGUACCUGCUGAUGUCAGAAACUAAUUGGGAAUCACAGACAAUUUGGUUAGAGUGUCAAUUGGUAUUGAAAAUGUUGAGGAUUUGAUUAACGAUAUGGAAGACGCACUUAAAGCAUCACAUUGAAUAUAUAUUAAGUAAUGUCAUAUAUACAAAAGUAUUAAUUAG